AUAUCCAACAAUGGAGCGCAUCUACCUUCUUACCCACCCCCGCUCUGCCUCUAACCUCCUCGUCCAGAUUCUGGGCUUGGAAGACCAGCCAAAUGUCAAGGCUCGUCCACACGCUGGCUAUUAUUUCCUAGAUACUCUCAUUGCCCUUGGCGAUAUGGGUCUCCGAGCCAAACAUGUCGACGAGUGGACCGAGGAAGAAAGGACCAAGGUUCAAGCAAUGUACCAGAAGGGAUACGAAGAAAUGAUGAAAGAUGUUGACAAGUCGAAGGAAGAAGGCAGAAUCUCGGUUGUCAAGGAGCAUGCCAAUGUCAUCAUUGGGCCCAGCCAUCAAACAAAAUUCAUGUUCAAGACCGACGAUGUUAAGGAGGCACCACUCACCCUCGACGUUGCCCAGGGGUCCGAGGUUGUCCGUUCUCCAGGAAACCACACCAUCUUCUCUGAUGAAUUCCUCCUUACCUGGAAGCCUGUCUUCCUCAUCCGCCACCCAGCUCUCAUGUUCCCAUCCUUCUACCGAUGCAUGGAUGACUUCAGAAAGAUGCAAAAGGAAGAGAUUGGUACCACCGGCUCACUUGAAGCCGGAAAGCCUGAUCUACCCAUCUACAUGAGCUUCCACAACAUCCGGUCCAUGUAUGACUGGUACAGCGAGAAGCUCAACCAGGUUGGAUCGUCUUCCACCACUCAGCCCUGGCCCAUCGUUAUCGAUGCCGACGAUGUCAUAGCUGAUGAAACCGUGGUCCUCAAGCUGGCCGACAUUAUCGGGCUGGACCGUAACCACCUCAAGUUCACCUGGAACCCCGUCAGCGAGGAGGACUCAAAGAAAUACAACCCCAUGGCCAAGCGCAUGCUGUCCUCACUUAAUGCUUCAAAUGGUAUCAUGAAGGACAAACUUGCUGCUAACAUCGAUAUCGAAGCCGAAGCCACCAAGUGGAAGGCUGAGUUCGGUGAAAUCGACGGAGCUAAGAUGCACAAGUGGGUGACUGAUGCCAUGCCAGACUACGAAUACUUGAAGUCUCGCCGACUUACCGCAUAG